CUCAGAGAAACCUCACUCCAUCUGAAAGAAUGGCUCCGACCUACACUACUGACUACUCCAAACUUUCCAACAAGGAAAAGCAUAAAUUAAGAAAGCCUGUUGUGGAGAAGAUGCGCAGAGAUCGCAUCAACAACUGCAUCGAGCAGCUCAAAACAAUGCUGGAGAAGGAAUUCCAGCAGCAAGACCCCAACACCAAGCUGGAGAAAGCCGACAUUCUGGAGAUGACUGUGGACUUCCUGAAACAGCAGCUGCAGCCCAAGACCUCAGCAGCUCCACAGAAAGCCCACUUUGACGGCUACUCCCAGUGUUGGAGGGAGACCAUGACCUUCCUGUCUGCCAAAUCCAAGGUGGACACAGUACAUCAACAUCUGAAACACUACCAGGAAUCCCAGAGAUCGACUCAAGAUCUCACACACCUGUCUCCAGCCUCCCAUCAACCCCUCACGAUCACAGUGAAGCAGGAACCAUGUGCUCUCAGACCUCUCUGGAGACCUUGGUAGAGACAACAAGCUGAAAGACUUUCCCAUGUAAACUAGAUGGUGGUUUUACCAUCUCUUAUUUUGUAGGAGAUACACAUUUCCAUUUCUAUGUUAAUUUCAAACAUAUGAUCAAUUGCUUCAUAUUGAAGCUGCAUUUGUUUUAUUUUAAUAAUAGUUUCUUUGCAAAUCUAAUUGUUGUGAUUAGUAUGAUGCUUGCCUUCAUUUUGUCUAGAGG